AUGUUGGCAAACGUCAAGUUGUUUGGAGCCUUCACAAAGUUAAUUAAUGCAGCCGAAGUGAUGAUUACCCUGAAAAUGCUGAAUACUGUGGCAAAGCAGACACUUGGUGAAGAAAGUUGGGGGAAUAAAAACAUUUAUGUUCGCUCGUUAUUUAAACUGAAGUACCUUACAACUCGUAAAAAUGUGCGUGGAAAUUUGUUUCCGACAGCUUUACGUACAGAUUUCUCUCAGCAAAAUUUAGUCGCCCAUCUUAAUCCAACUGAUCCUCUCUUGUUCAAAACUGCGAAAGUCGGUCUAGUCUAUGUGGGAGAAUACAUAUUGUUUCUCCGAAAAGAUAGGUAUAAAUUUAAAUCAAAUCUGUUUGUAACAAACUUGUUCCAGUGGGUUGUAAAAACAGGGGCAGAAUUUGCCAAUUUCAACAGCCUUUUUUACCCUAACAUGUUACUGGGGUAUCAUUUAAAAAUUAGGAGCAAAACCAAUAAAAAAGAAGCGGAAAAGAAACAACUCAAAUCGUGA